AUGACGACUCAUUUUGGCCGGCGAAAUGCAAUCCUGCCUAUUCAUUUCUUCAAGAUUAUUCUUAAAACUAAUAUUGAAAGACUUAAAAUACCCAAUAAGUUUACAAGGAGUUAUGGAGGUGGUUUGUCAAAUCCAGUGUUUAUCAGGCCUCCAGAUGGCUCAGGAUGGAAAGUGUAUUGGACAAAACAGAACGAUGAAGUUUGGUUCGAAAAGGGUUGGAAAGAAUUUGUUGAAAAUUACUCUCUAGAUCAUGGUUAUUUGGUUAUGUUUAAAUAUGAAGGUACUUCACAGUUUGAUGUACUCAUACUUGACCAGAGUGCUCUAGAAAUAGAUUAUCCUUCCAAUGACAAUUGUGACGAAAAGGAUGAUCAUAACCAGAGUGAUGAUGAAUCAUUGAAAAUUUUGGGGGGAAUCCCUCCAAAGAAAAAGACCAGGCCAAACUCACCACUGUUUUCUGCUCCAUCUCGUAAGAAAAUGAGAUAUGGGACUCAUAGGAAUAUGGAAAUUAGCUCCAAUCUGCAAAAAACUACUCAAAGAACUUCAUCGUUGAAUUGGCCCAAGCAUGUUAGAGCUCAGGAAGUAGCUAAGAAAUUCGUCUCAUACAAUCCUUUUUUCACGGUGUUCAUAAAGCCAGUUCAUCUGUCAGAACGUGCAUUGUUCGUAAAUAAUGAGAGCAAGGAGCAGAAUGUGAUAAUUCAGCUUGGGAAAAGAUCGUGGCCUGUGAAGUUGACCGGUUACAGUACAUUUACCCGCUUCUCUUCUGGUUGGUCUCUGUUUGCAACAGAGAGUAAAUUGCGAGCUGGAGAUGUUUGCAUCUUUGAGCUGAUUGACAAAGAAGUUCCCUUGUUGGAAGUUCAUGUUUUCAAAAGUCCCAACUAA